AUUCGGGUGGGAUUGAGUAAAUUUUCAAACGUUAGCAAAUUCCAAUUGUUCAUGAUUGCACAAGCAAGUAUAGCUCAGGUCAGCUUUAAAAAAUGUACUUGGCCGUUCGGCGAUCAGUCAGUUGUGCCAUUCAAUUGUUUCGAUUGUGAGGUUUAAAAAUGUUUGCGCUGAUCUGCGCGCUUCUUCUAUCUUCUACAGUUCUUGCUACCGACGAAAACUUCAACAGGAUAGACUUGAAAUGCGUAGGACGUGCUUUCCAUAAUGUGUCUCUUUCUGCAUAUUAUCCUGUGUUCGGAACGAACGACAAACGCAACCAUCUGGACGAUCGAGGAAAAAUGUUAAAUACUCUUCAGGAUUAUCUUGAUGGCCGCACUCAUUACGUCACUGUUGCCGGUAAUUUGAGAUCUGGUAUUCCGUAUGGAACAAAAAUAUGCAUAGAAGAGCUUAACGAGCGUUUUGGAAAACAAAUUUCUCUACAGAUAAGAGAUCAAGUUGAUUGUGGAAACGAUGACGUUGCAAAUUAUUUCUCGAGAUUGGAAAUUUGUGUCAGGACCGAGGAGGAUACUUAUGAUACUUAUGUCAAUGGCCUUGUUACUGUUUAUGUAUAACAAUCACAUAGAGUGAAAAAUUAUAUAUUUCUCUUAUAAUUAUAUACAUCUCUGUUAACUUAAUCAAUAACAAUGUUAAAUUAUUAUUUUAUAAUAACAAGAUAAUUGUACUUUCUCUCUCUUUUUCUCUGCAUAGAAUUGUAUUACAUAAUAAUUUAAACAAGGAUUGUUCAAUUUUAGUUUUUCUAAAUGUUUAUUAUAUUAAUUAGCAAAAUAACAUCAUAUAAUAUGAAAUUAUCGAUUAUAUGUAUGCGAAAUGUAAUGUUUAUAGAAUCAAAAUUAUAUCAUGCAAUUGUAGUUAACAGUUAUGUUCUCUGAUCGCACUAUUUUGUGUAUUACGCAGGGUUGAGAAAAUUAUUAUAUAUUAUAUAUUUGA